ACCCCCAUUUGACGGGGCCAAAUUCAUGCCUUAUAUCUUCUCUACUCAAAACCGGUUAGCCUCCUCAAUACACAACUGUCGAUCUCUCUGUUCAGGUAUCUUCCGGCGACGAUUGGUUUUUUUUCUUUCCCCGCUUGCCGUAAUGGGGCAGUCCCCUUCCGUUUACCUUGACCGGGAUCACUACACCAGCGAUCGGUUCAGCUAUAUGUCGUCUCCGGCAAACGUUUCCAGCGAUUCAGGAGAACUCGCCAAGGAAGUCGCCGUGAAUCUCGAUUAUACUGAAGAGAUUCCCGAUGAGUGCUUGGCGUACAUUUUUCAGUUCCUGGGUACAGGCGACCGCAAACGGUGCUCGCUCGUGUGCAAGCGGUGGCUGCGUGUGGAUGGCCAGAGCCGCUACCGGCUUUCGCUUAAUGCGCAAUCGGAGAUCGUCGGUUCACUGCCUUCUAUCUUCACUCGCUUCGAUUCCGUCACCAAACUUGCGCUUCGGUGCGAACGCAAAUCGAUUAGCGUAAACGACGACGCUUUGGUGCUGAUCUCAACUCGUUGCCGAAACCUUGGCCGCCUCAAGCUCCGCGGAUGCCGUGAAAUCACAGAUUGCGGCAUGGCCAGGUUCGCCGAAAACUGUAAAAACUUGAAGAAGCUGUCUUGCGGUUCAUGUAUGUUUGGCGCCAAAGCAUUGAAUGCGGUUCUCAAUAAUUGUGCCAAUCUCGAGGAGCUGUCUGUGAAGCGGCUCAGGGGAAUACAAGAAGGAGCCGAGGCGAUCGAGCCUGGAGCGGCGGCCUCGUCUCUGCAAUCAAUUUGCUUGAAGGAGCUCAUUAACGCUCAGCCUUUUGAAUCACUUGUGGUUGGGUCGAAGAAGCUUAAAAGUUUGAUAAUCAUUCGUUGUUUGGGUGAUUGGAAUAGGGUGCUUGAAAUGAUAGGGAAACAAAAUGGAAGUAGUAAUUCCCUGAUGGAAAUUCACCUUGAGAGGCUUCAAGUGAGUGAUUUAGGACUCACAGCAAUAUCUAAAUGCCCGAAUAUUGAGAAUUUGCAUGUUGUGAAAACUCCAGAUUGUACAAAUUUUGGGAUUGUUUCUGUGAUGGAGCAUUGUAGGCUUUUGAAGAAGCUGCACAUUGAUGGAUGGAGGAUGAAUAGGAUUGGAGAUGAGAGUUUGAUUGCUGUAGCCAAACACUGUUCUAAUUUGCAGGAACUUGUUUUGAUUGGUGUUAAUGCCACACUAGAAGGUUUGAGAGCAAUAGCUGGCAAUUGCUUGAAAUUGGAAAGGUUAGCCCUUUGCGGGAGUGCAACCAUUGGUGAUCCGGAGCUUUUAUGUAUUGCUGCAAAAUGUGUGUCCUUGAAGAAGCUUUGCGUCAAGGGAUGCCCUAUCUCAGAUAUUGGGAUUGCAGCACUUGCUUGGGGCUGUCCCAAUUUGGUAAAGAUUAAGGUGAAGAAAUGUAUAAGAGUGAGUAGUGGAAUUGGAGAGUGGUUGCGUGAACGCAGGGGGUCAGUGGUUGUAAACAUGGAUGCUUCUGACAUUGAUAGUGGCUUUGAUGCCAGUGGCAGUGAUGGUGGAGCUCAUGAAAGUGGAACGGAGUUUCCGCAGGUGGUUAGCCAAGUAAAUGGUGCAGUUGCUUCAACUAGCAAUAAUGGUAGAUUAGCAUCGCUUAGGACAAAAUUUGCAUUUCUUGCUGGUAGGAAUCUAGUGGCAUGCCCAUUCAGAAGGUGCUCAAAUGGAGAAGAUAGUUCUAGUCGCAACUUGUGAAUGAUUGUGAGAGUUUGAAAAAUAAGUCUUGCUCUCACCACGUCUCAUUAUCUUUUGAUUUUAUAGGAUAAAUUAUUUCCAUCUUCCAUUCUAGUUUUUGCAUAUUCAUUCUGCGAUUUUCUUGGAACUUUGUAGAUCCCUGAAAGAAAUACACCAGAAAAGAAUUGGGUUAAGGGCUUGUUAUUGUUACUUGAAUCAGUUGAGUUUGUUCACAUUCGUUUUUAUUCCUUCAUUCUUUGUUCAUCAGCGUGAUACAUGAGAUUGUCAAUUGUGUUUAUCUGAUACUUCUCUGUUCCUAUUUUGUGAUUUUAUUUAGCUUCUUUGUCAAUAUAUCUCUGUUUCAUUUGGCAAGGCUUAUUAAUGGUAAUUGAAGCUAUCAAUGCUUCACAAAUAGAAGCUUUUGCCCCAAUAAAUGUAACAAUGUAAC